AUGACAGGCAUUGGCAGCGCAUUCGUGCAUGUCUUCUGGCGUGAAGCCACCAAUGUCGCCUACUGCAUCCGCACCAUUCCUGAUCCGAAGCAGUAUGAAUCGCUUUGCUCGGAUGGAAGCCGCACCGUUGGUACAGCGGUCGACGGAGGCAACGCCACGCAACUUAAGGAGCGGGUCGAGGCGGCUGUGAAGAGCUUCGAUGGUCUUGAUGUGGCCAUCCCCAAUGAUAUGCAAUUUGCUCAUUGCCCGCGAGAACUCGGUGAGCUCGUCUGGUUUCGUUGGACUACCCACAUCCCUUCCGCUUCCACUAAUUCGCCUUCUGGCCCUGCAGACUUCCAUUCCAGCGUAGGCCUAAACGAGCUUUACGUACCGCACCUCAAGCAGUCCAAUGUACCAGGUGGCGGUAGAGUCGUCACCGUUAACAGGAUCAGCGAACACGAGGGUGAUGCGUUCACUUUUGGCCAGUACGCCGAGGCCGCGUUGCUUGCGUGCAACAACACCGUCAGUCCAGGUAACCCCAUGUUACGGGGUAGAGUAUGGGAUAAACUAGAGCAAACCCAGCCAGAGUUUUACAAGAAAUUUCUGAAUUUGAAUCCAACCGGUCGCACGGGAAAGCGGGAGGUGGCCAAUGUCAUCGUCUUUCUCGUUGGCUCGGUCAGCGCAUUUACUCCUUGCGCGAACCUCAAAAUGGAUGGAGCCCUCCACAAAGGCGUCUCGUCCUGA